GUAGAAGGCGUCAGAAACCCUGAAUUUCUAACUUCCAGCUUGCCGGACCUUUUCCAAGCAGCUCUAUCGAAAGGAAAACUUCUGCAAGUAAACACUGGCAGAGUCAGCUGCUGAGAUCAGCGCAGAGCCAGACAAUCUGCCGGUGCAUGAUUCCAGCUCACAAACUCAUAUCAGAACUGUGGAAGUAGGGGGUUGAUUCGCACUCAUACACACAUACACACAAAACCAUAAUCUUAGCCAUGUCGUAUCCUCAGGGCUACUUGUACCAACCGUCAGCUUCUUUAGCUCUUUACUCGUGUCCGGCGUACAGCACAAGCGUAAUAUCGGGACCCAGGACGGAUGAACUCGGGAGAUCUUCUUCGGGAUCAGCGUUUAGUCCGUACGCCGGUUCGACAGCGUUUACAGCUCCUUCCCCAGGCUAUAACAGCCAUCUCCAGUACGGUACAGACCCGACCGCUGCUUUCACUUCCUACGUGGGCUCUCCCUAUGAUCACUCGACGGGAAUGGCUGGAUCUAUAGGAUAUCACCCGUACGCUGCUCCUUUAGGCUCUUAUCCCUAUGGUGACCCAGCUUACCGAAAAAAUGCCACCAGAGAUGCCACAGCCACCCUGAAAGCCUGGCUCAGUGAGCACAGGAAGAACCCUUAUCCCACGAAGGGCGAAAAGAUCAUGUUGGCCAUCAUCACCAAAAUGACUUUGACUCAAGUCUCCACCUGGUUCGCGAACGCCAGGAGAAGGCUGAAGAAAGAGAACAAGAUGACCUGGACUCCCAGAAACAGGAGCGAAGACGAGGAGGAAGAAGAGAACAUAGACCUGGAAAAAAACGACGAUGAAGAGCCGCCGAAAUCUUUAGAAAAGGGAAACUCGUCGGAAUCAGAAUCAGGGAAUCAGAAAACGAACAUAGUAGAAAUCGCCUGUGAAAGAUUUGAGGAACAAGAUCCUAGCAAAGAAAGUGGGCAGAUCCUUUGCGAUUCGGAAUUAAAAGGCGCAGAGGAAAGAGAAACCAUUCACUCUCCCAAAGCCACCACUUCUUCCCUGGUUGUGCCUCCUGGAGCUGAGCUCUUACACGAAAGCAACGACCCCGAAUUGGAAAAUGCACAUACAAACCGAACUCACAUUCUUCCGAGUAACACAGCGAACUGCAAUGUGACUUCAGUCAUCCAUUCCCCCCCGGCAACAAGCUCCAAGCCCAAACUCUGGUCUCUGGCGGAAAUCGCCACCUCGGACAAGUCGAAGGAACAGAGCGAGCCACUGCAGAGUGCGUGCCCGGGUCAGGGUUGCGCCGUGUCGGCCAGCGCCUCGUCUCCGUCCCGUUCCCCUUGUCCUUACCCGAACAGCGCCGUGCUGGGUCGGCCUCUCUACUACACCUCGCCCUUCUACACGGGCUACACGAACUAUGGCAGCUUCGGGCACCUUCACAGCCACCAUGGAGGUAACAGCACAACACACUUCAGUUCCAAUGGAUUAAGCCAGACUGUCUUAAGCAGAGCAGAGGCUCUGGCAAAACUCUGUCCGGAAGCUAAAACAAAGAGCCCGGCACAAAUAGAUCAUUGCAAGGACACAUCGUCUUAUGAUUUGAAGAAAGAAAGUCACAGCAAAGGAGGAUGGAUCUUUGGGACUGCCACCUUAGUUGAAGAACACAACAUCCAGGAGUAUUCAUCAGGAUGUGUCAACUUGGAUCAGCUGGGAGUGUUCAUGUCUCUGAAAUGCAAGUUGGCUGGUUGAAGUCCCCCUUCAUAGACCUUAGGACAGUAUUGUGGAGUGUACCUUGGCCGGUUUGCUGCUGAGCCUGUCUUUCCAACCGAUACUACGUGCUGACAUUGAAUUUGAUGGAUGGAGGCAUGGGGUCUUCAUGGUUCAUGUUCCCCCUGCAAUAUGCUACUCUAACCUGUACUUCCUGUUUGAACACCAAGCUGAAGAAGAAAGAGAAAGACUGAGGCAGGAGAGAGAGAAAUCAUCAGUAUGAAGACAGCAGAGGUCUGAAGCAUAAGUGGUAGCAAACACAGCAUCAAUAGACUGAUGGUGUAACACCCAAGAGCUCAAAGCAAAUGCCAAGAGGAGUUGAUCUUCACAGGGAACAAUAGAUUGGUGGAAAAAAUUAGUUGGACAGCUUUCGAUUGAAUGUUCAGGGUGAGUUCUUCCCUUGUGGUUUGUUAUCCCUGAAGAGAAGAAACCACCCAUAUAUUUUGGUUUGUAGCAAUCUAUUUAUAUCGAAGUAUGCUGUAUGGGUC